UGCAUUUUGUCUUUUGUGCUAAGCAGAAGAGUGGAGUCCGAUCGAACCGCGGCGUCGCUUCCCUCUUCCCCGGAUCCUUUUAAAACUCCCUCCCGAACCUCUCCCCUUCCACCCUUGCCACCCUACCCACCCCCUGAACACUCUUCAAGGGACGGUUCGGACUUUCAGCAAGUGACUAAAGAAUCACUUCGUUGGCCAGUUUAGUGUCUGGAUAUAGCUGCAGCAAUGGACACAACUCUUGUUGAAGGAGGACUUAAUGUCACCCUCACCAUCAGGCUACUGAUGCAUGGGAAGGAGGUUGGAAGCAUCAUUGGAAAGAAAGGAGAAUCGGUGAAGAAGAUGAGAGAAGAGAGUGGUGCUCGCAUCAACAUCUCAGAGGGGAACUGUCCGGAGAGGAUUAUAACCCUUGCAGGACCCACCACCUCCAUUUUCAAAGCCUUCUCAAUGAUCAUUGAGAAACUGGAAGAGGACAUCAGCAACUCAAUGACUAACAGUACAGCCACCAGCAAACCGCCAGUUACCAUGCGCCUCGUCGUGCCUGCCAGCCAGUGUGGCUCACUCAUUGGCAAGGGUGGCUGCAAGAUCAAGGAAAUCCGAGAGUCAGCGGGAGCUCAGGUACAAGUAGCAGGGGACAUGUUGCCCAACUCAACAGAGCGUGCCAUUACCGUUGCAGGGACCCCCCAGUCCAUUAUCGAGUGUGUCAAGCAGAUCUGUGUUGUCAUGCUCGAGUCCCCACCAAAGGGAGUAACCAUCCCGUACAGACCCAAACCCUCAGGCUCUCCUGUCAUCUUUGCAGGUGGUCAGGCAUACGCUGUCCAAGGACAGCACGCCAUUCCACAGCCUGAUGUAAGUGAAGGGCCCUCUCUCACCAAACUUCACCAGCUGGCCAUGCAGCAGAGCCCCUUCCCCAUUGCACAUAGCAACCAGGGCUUCCAGGCUGGGAUGGAUGCCUCUGCACAAACGGACUCUCAUGAGCUGACCAUUCCAAACGAUCUCAUCGGUUGCAUUAUCGGCCGCCAGGGCGCGAAGAUCAACGAGAUCCGUCAGAUGUCAGGCGCUCAGAUCAAGAUCGCCAACCCUGUUGAGGGCUCAACUGACAGACAGGUUACCAUCACUGGCUCCCAUGCCAGUAUCAGCCUGGCUGAGUACCUGAUCAAUGCUCGGCUUUCUUCUGAAGCUACUGGACUCGCAGCCAACUGACACGGAGGAUCAUCAUCAUCAGCACCUAACGUAACCCCUUCCCCUACUUUUUACCAAGAGGUCCCUUAUUGAACUUAAUGCAAAAACCAAGUACUAUAAACUCAGUUUUCUCCUCUGCUUUGGUUAGACACCUAAUGAGUUGUAAUUACACCAUCAUCAUGGUAUUGGUAUUUUAUUUAUUUAUUGUUUUUAAAAUUCCCUUUGCAUAUAGUUUUUUAAAGGACUUCCUUCCGUUGUAUUUUUUCUCUUCCUCCUUUAUUUUGUUGUAUAUCUGUAUGAUUUUUCUUGAUAUAGGUAAAAAAAAAAAGUUUUAGAAAAAUCUGAAAAGGCAUAAAUGUUUUUUCUUAUGUCAGAUUUUUCUUAGAAAAUGUAAAAAUGAAGAAAAAAAAAGACAAUAACAUUAUAGAUGGACUGUUCUUUCCCCUUCCUUUUUAAAUAUCUAUUUAUUUUUAUUUAAUACACACGGCUCCUUGUAAGAGUAGAAUUUGUUGAUAUUUGCCACCUUCAGUUUGAAACUGUAAGCUCUGUGUGAUAAAUAAACAGGUUUCAGUGGGUGUAAAUGAUCCCGGGUUGAUGAUGUGGACGGAAACCGCCUUUUGUGUCGGAAGGAAAACGCAAUCCGUUGUCGUGUGGGUGCAAAGGAGAAUUUUAAGCUACACUAUGUCUCACCUCUAAUUUUUUGUAGAUGAAUUGUUUUUUUUUUGUGUCAUUCCUGUGUUUCCAUCGGUUUUUAUUUUCCUGAUCAGGACCUUUUUGAGCAUUAUUGUAUAUUGGAUUCUGAUAAUUGCGGGUGGGCUUCGGUGACUAGAAGCGGGCCUGUGAGUGAGAGGAAAAUAUUUUCAUUUCCCUGAAAUUACGAAGACCAUAGUGAUGAUGAUGAAGAUGAUAAUAACAUUGAAAUGUUUGUUUUAAAUAGAGAAAAUAUUUUUUUUAACUGCAGGGCUGGGGAAUGCUGCAAGGGGUAAAAAAAAAACAAAAAACUACAAGACAUAUUGGUCUUUAUAAGUAUAUUAUGCUGAGGUAUUAAAUUAUGACUAACUAGAAGGAAAACAAAUUAUAGAAUUAACACUAGUUUCCUGCUAUCCUUUUUGCCUGGGUCAGAUUUUAUUUUUUAUUAUUCUUUGCAGGAUGAAGAAACUCACGUUUUUUGUGCACGUUUUCAAACAAUUGUAGAUCGGGGUGCAAUUAAAUUGUUGAAAUGAAAUGCAGAAAUAAAAAAAAAAAAAAGUUGUGAAAUGCUUAA